AUGGCUGCCUCAAGUGCCACUCUCCCCCUCCCUCUCCCACGUAUCGGCGGACCAAAACUCAACCCAUUUCGUGGGACUGCAACUGCAGAAAUAAAGUUCAUACGUUAUGUUGGGAGUGAGGAUGACUUGGAUUCAAAAGUAUGGAAGGUUAGCAUCGACGGCAAAUUCUACGCUCUCAAGAUAUUUCACUUUCAUUAUUGGAAAGGGCUGAUGAAAAUAUCGGGUAAAUGGAUUAUAUCUCGGGAGGACGAUCCUGAGGGAGAUCGGCCACUCACGCCACAAGAGUAUCUCAACUAUCUGGACCCGUUCAACAACGAAUGCCGAGUCUACGGGCGUCUUAAGCAAGAAAAACGCGAGGAUAUCGCAGUUAGGGCCCAUGGCUACAUUCUACUCACGCCCGAACAGGAACAGCGCGUCACAGAGGGUCAUGGUAGAGAGUAUGUGGACCCAGAAACGUUGACUAGCCUCGGCAAUUACGAGCUGGACGAAGAGUCUAUGUGGUACCGACGUGGAUGUAAUCGGCACGAGCGUGUGCGAGCUAUAAUCAAGGACUUCGUGGAUGAAAGCACGCCCGAUUUCGAAAAGUCGCAGAUACGGCAGAUGUAUGAUGACAUCGAGACUCUCCAUUCCCUCAGCAUCCUCAUCCGCGACAUGCACCCCGGCAAUUACCUUGGCGGAAAGCUGAUCGAUUUCAGCCGGUCGUGGACUAUGUACCACCCCGGUCUUGACCGGAUCUCGUGGCAUGAUAUCUGUCAGCUGAGGCGGGAGGAGCCUCGAGACUUCGAGAAGAUGAUUGUCGCAUGGGCCUACGUCCACGACACGAGGAUACCGAUUCCAAAGGCAAUAAAAGAGUGGCAGGGCGGUCUCGAGGGCUGCGGUAUCAAUCCUUGCGACUAUGACUGGAGGAAAUGGGAGAACUUUGACGAGGUUGAUGCUCCUGAGCUGGACAACGCAUAG